AUGUUGACAUGUAUAUUGAAAGUUAAUGACAACACAAGAUGGUCACAAAAUGGUAUCACAGUAUGUGGAGGCAAUCAAAGAGGGAAUGGAUUGAAUCAACUCUAUCAUCCAAUGGGUAUAUGUGUUGAUGACGAUGAAGAGACAAUCUACAUAGCUGAUUCUUUUAAUCAGCGGAUUAUUGAAUGCAAAUAUGGAACGACAAAUGGUAAAAUCGUAGCUGGUGGAAAUGGGUCAGGAGACCAAGAUGAUCAGAUGAGUAGACCAACAGAUAUAGUUAUUAAUAAAGAGAAUGAUUGUUUCAUUAUCUGCGAUCAAGGAAACAACCGAAUAGUACGAUGGCCUCGUCGAAAUGGUACUAGUGGACAAACAAUCAUCUCCAAUAUUGUAUGCACAGGACUAGCAAUGGAUAAUAACGGGUAUUUUUAUACUUCUGAUCUCAAGACAUCUGAAGUUCGACGAUGGAUAAUAGGAGAUCCUCGUGGAGUAGUAGUGGCAGGAGGUAAUGGACAAGGUAGCCGCUUGAAUCAACUCGAUGGUCCUGGGUAUCUCUUUGUCGACCAAGACUAUUCAAUUUACAUAUCAGAUGAACAUAAUCGUCGUGUGAUAAAAUGGAUAAAGGGUGCAACUCAGGGGAUUAUCGUUGCUGGUGGUCAUGGCAUAGGGAAUGAUCUAUCUCAAUUGGCUAGUCCUCGUGGAGUGAUUGCUGAUAAAUCAGGUACUGUCUAUGUAGCAGACUAUAUAAAUAAUCGAAUAAUGUGUUGGUUCAAAGAAGCUAAACGAGGCACAAUCGUUAUUGAUGGAAAUAAUGAAGACGAUGAAUCAAGACAGCUCAGCUAUCCUCAGGAUUUAUCAUUUGAUCGACAAGGCAAUCUAUAUGUUGUCGAUUUUGGAAACGAUCGAAUACAGCGAUUUAAUAUUGUUUCAAAUUCAAGUUAA